UACUGCUCUAGUAUGAGACUAGGUCUGCCUAAUUAAAUGCAUAAUUAUGCAAUGUGAUCACUUCCUGCCCUCUAAAGAAAUACAAAACAAAACUUGUCAGCACUGCACCCUCAUGCUGUGGUAUAAUCAGGGGUGGGCUGGCUGGUUAUGCACUUCAUUUGGUUAUUUCUUCAGUGUUUAUUUUGGGCUUGUUUGAAGCAUAAUCAUCCUGUCCCUCUGGAAAUCAGCAUCCUUCAGCCAAAAUGUAUAACUUGGCUUGCAGGAUGCUUUUCAGUCCUGAGCAUUUCUUGGUAGCUGUUGUGGUACCUCUACCAAAUCAACCUCAGAUGUGACUCGUGUAAGCCUUGUGCUCUCCUGUUCCCUCCUGGCAAUCCCAGCAGCCUUCCUAGGUGAAACCACUGCCUGUUGAUAUAGAUAAUUUGGGAGUGCUGAUGCUCUGGGACAUGUAUGGCCUUGACCUAUCUGGGAAGAAGGAAACACGUGGUCUGGCCUGGGAUGGCAUUGGUACUGUUGCUACAGAGCCAUCAGCACCCUCUGUGUUGAAUGCUUGCGUAUUUUUAAGGAAUAUUGUAACAUCAAGUGAAUAAUGGUAAAAUUCAGUCUGGUAAGAUUUAUUACUUCAAUAUUGGAGGGUUCCAGCUGACACCAGAUUAACAUAUUCAUAGGAUUUUAGGAGCUGCUUGAGUAUUAACAGUUACCUUUUAAUCUGAAAUCUUUGCAAGGGUCUUGUGUCACUUCUGUGCUAAUGAUUCAGCCUGUCUUUAUAAGAGGUUGAAUUUCUUUACAUAGUGUUUUGAGACUAAAUAUGAAAGAGGGAAAAUGACCCUUAAUUUUAGCAAGUUCCUGUUUGGUUUAACAGCUGCUGUGAUUUCUGUCUUGUCUUUUGGUCUGCAUUUGCCACUUUGGCAGUGUGUUUUUGGCUGUCAGAGUCUUACAGAGUUUUGAUGAAGUGCAACACUUUCUUCUUUUCCCCACAGCUGUUAUUUGUCAUUUGAUAUAAAUCUUCCUUAUUAGAGUUUUGUUCCUGAAUAAAUGAUAAAAGGACAGUUAGUAUCAGAAGGCAGUGCUGGCAUAAGAGUUUCUGCUUUGUUGGUAACUUCUGUUUGCUUUUAAGAUAUCUGAAACUCUGAAAACUGGAAGUUGUUCUGCACUGGUACUAAAACACAACGGCCCUUAAUAAAGGUCCAGAAGAAGAUGCAAUUAGAAUGAUUUUUGUUCAGUAAAGAGUGAAUGUCCAGCUACCAUCUGUGUCACACCAAGGGAAAGAUCACCUCCUUCAACUUUUUCCCAAUAUAAUGAUAAGUGAUAGAAAGAAUGCUAUGGAAUCAUGUGCACGUGGCUGGUCUCUAAUUUUUAGCCUAUUCCACAGACUCCUGAGCUCAGAUACAAAUUUGAAUCUGGCUGGCCUUAGCCGAAUGGAAGUUAUGAAUCUCCAGGAUGUAAAAAUUGUAGAUGAUUGCUGUGCUCAAUUACAGCAGCUGAAGGUGUGACUCAAAUAUGGUUUUGACAGCAAUACAAUUAGAAGGUCAUGACUUAAAAGUAAGUCUAAAACCCAAUAAUCUGGUCCUCCACCUGGCACUGUAGGCAAUUCCUUUCUUUAACCAUCAGCCAAAAUAAUACAUGGUACAUAACAAAAUAAAGGUAACUGAAGUGCUGAGGAGCUGGUCUUUUCUACUUCAUUUAAUACUGUGAGGGCUUUUUGCCUCCUCCUGGAAGCAGGUGUUUCUCACAGGUCCAGAGGAAAAGACAGCUUUCAUGCAACUGUGGUGAUACACUGAUGAGAUGACUAAUAAUGGAGCUUGCAGUUGUGAUGCCAAAGUGAUGCCUGAAUGGCUGGUCAUGGAAAGGCACAGGAGGAGGCUGAGAGUUCGUGUUGCUGGCUGCCUCCUGCUCUGCCUUCAUGUUGCUCCUGUGUGAACGCAAGGCUAGCGCAGCACUGAGCACCCACAGUUUUCCCGUAGGGAAUGAUGCCAGUAAACCAGGUAAUGGUUGGUAGCCCAGAGCAUGCUGCUGUUCUCUGGCUUCAUGAGUGUGCUGAGAUCUCAAAGGUUUUUUUGCCAGGAAAAGGUUAAAUUGUUCUGGAGUUUUAUCCUUUUGUCUAGGACCUUCCUGGCGUCCUUAAAUUGGGUAUUUCCAUGCUCUCUAAUCUUACAUCCUAAGGGUGCUGUGGGCUGGCAAUACCUCCUGUCCUGUCCAUUACCCUCUGGAUCACUUUAUGCAGCGCAGUCAACAUUUGAGACCAGCUGGCAGCCCAACUGCAUUGUCUGUUUAACUGCAGGAAACCAUCCUUUAUCCCCCUCUGAAUCCUGAUGGAGUAAUGAUGACAGAUAAUUGAUUGAAUGCUUUUUCCUUUCUUUUGUUUAAUUCCUCUCUUUGAGCAGGCUCCCCAGAUACGCAAAUAAAAUCCUUAAUUAAAAUUUGUGGAUUAAUUAAUAGAACAACAGAUCUUUUUCUUUUCCUGUUGCCACAAUAUCACAGAGAGUUUCUCUGCUUUUCACUUGUGCUCCCCUGUCAAACAUUUUCAGCUGUCAAAAUGGGCAACAUCUUUGUCGUCAGUUUGUCAGUUGCAGACCUUGUAGUUGCAGUUUAUCCAUACCCUCUGAUCUUGAGUGCCAUUUUCCACAAUGGAUGGACCAUGGGAAAUGUCCACUGCCAGAUAAGUGGGUUCCUGAUGGGCUUAAGUGUCAUUGGAUCCAUUUUCAACAUCACAGCGAUUGCAAUCAACCGCUACUGCUACAUCUGUCACAGCCUUCGGUAUGAUAAGCUUUUCAACCUGAAGAACACCUUCUGCUAUCUCUGCUUGACCUGGAUACUCACAGUGGUGGCAAUUGUGCCAAACUUCUUUGUUGGCUCUUUGCAGUAUGACCCCCGGAUUUACUCCUGCACCUUUGCACAGACAGUGAGUACAUCAUACACCAUCGCAGUGGUGGUGGUUCACUUCAUCGUCCCACUGUCCAUCGUGACAUUUUGCUACCUGCGGAUCUGGAUUUUGGUGAUUCAAGUCAAACACCGGGUGAGACAAGAUUGCAAGCAGAAGCUCAGAGCAGCUGACAUCCGGAAUUUCUUGACUAUGUUUGUAGUUUUUGUCCUUUUUGCUGUGUGCUGGGGACCAUUAAAUUUUAUUGGCCUUGCUGUUUCAAUUAAUCCUUCACAUGUGCAGCCACACAUUCCAGAAUGGCUUUUUGUCCUGAGCUAUUUUAUGGCCUAUUUUAACAGCUGCCUUAAUGCUGUGAUUUAUGGUCUUCUUAACCAGAAUUUCCGGAGGGAAUACAAGAGGAUACUGCUGACACUCUGGACUCCCAGGUUUCUGUUCAUCGAUCUGUCCAAGGGUGGGACAGAAGGGAUGCAAAGCAAGCCAUCUCCAGCUGUAACAAACAACAACCAAGCUGAAAUGCAUUUAUGAGUCAGAACAGUGCUAUUUAUUCUAGAUUACAGUUGUAUAUAUAAUAUAAAAGAGCCUUUCUAUGUGUGCAUUUCACAGCUGGUGUUGCUGGGCCCCUCAUGCAAGGAAGGAGUCUGCUUCUCAUAUGAGGAAGGGGUCUUCUACCUUUCAUGUAUAGCUUAUUGCUGCAAGAUCAAGGCUUUGAAUAGUUUUCAUAAUGGAAAUGACUGAUCUUUAUUUUUUUUAAUAUACCAUCUUUCACCAUGUGCCUAUCUAAUAGGUUUGGCUGCUUUUGCCACAAACAUUCAGUAUGCAUGGAGAAAUGCAGUUAUGCUUGAAAUACAAUCUUCAAGAGCUGGCAAAAUUGCUGUGUAUUACAAACAAACCUGUCUCCCCUCACUCUGAAUUCUAUUUUUUUAGCAUUAACAUGACCCAAACUAUAGCAAAUAAAGUGGAAUCUGUGUGGCUCUUCACCUUUUCAGUUAGGUACCAGUAGCAGCCAGCAGGCAUACAUAUGGGCAUGAUGAUGUCCAGUGUGUGUGCAUUAGUUUUCCUUUUUCUUUUCUUAUAAGGUUUAGAAGCUAGCCUGUGCCAGAUGUGAGGCAGGCAAAAGCCAGACCUAGCGAAUGUCUGAUGCACUCAUUUUAAUUGCAUAUCUACAGGUAUUAAGUACCCUUGCACUCUCCUUCUCAGGCCAUGAGUAAGAGUAUAAUAUAUGACAUAAUCUAAUUGCAGGAAGAUACUUGGAGCCUGAUUCUAAUUUAGGCAGUAUCCUCUCAUGGCCAGCAUUCAUUUCAAAUGUAUUUCAGAAGCCCCUGCUACAUGAACAUCAUACAAAAGAUGAGCAUAACAGAGUCCCACCUGUUUAAUGCAGAUGACGGCAUUUAAGUUCCAGUAAUAUUUACAUUGCAGACAAAGUGAAAAAGGGAAAGAAGAGUUUCUUCCAACCACCUCUCCUUUUCCUAACCACAGAACAUGAAUUUGACGGGGGAGAAAACCAGUGGAGAAUUUUUUUUCCAUUUUAUUCAUGUACAAAGCUCUAAUGCAAGGAGCUGCGAGAGGAAAGCUACUUACGCAUAUUCAUGCAUCAGUUCUCAGUUAAAGCCUGAACUCUGUUAUCUAUGUCAUUGGAAACAAUGUUCUUAAGUGCUGGGAAGGCCAGUAUCAUGUUAGAAACAAGCACACGGGCAAAGAUAAGGCUGUUUCUUUAACAGAGUAUGUGUGUGGGGUGAUGGCAGCUGUCUGUAAAUAUGACUACGUCUUUUUCCCUUAGCUUCAAUGUGAUUUCAUCUCUUUAUGGUUUAAAACAUGUGGAUCCUGCUUUGAAACAGUCCCAUAAAAUCAACAGGUAAAGCUUCCCCAUUGCAACUACACCUUAAGCUAGAAAGGCUUGUUGCUGGGCUACUCUCAGUAGGUACAGCAGGAGCUGUGUGAUGGAGAGGAGCCGGUCUGAGCCCUGUGGAUCGAAUAAGGGCAGCAGUCAGCCCUGCGCCAGACCAAAGAGUGCAGUCUUUUUGAUUGUGGUCAAAGCAGGACCAGGACUAGUUCCCAGAGCCGAACCCUGAGAACCAGGAUUUGCACUAGCAUGUAGGUGCCUAGCAGUAGAGGUACAUAGGAUUUGCAAAACCCUGAGCAGGCUGAGUGCCUGAUCCUUGGUGAGUUAACAAGCCAUUUGUGCAUUGCUUGUUAAGAGCAACUUGUUGCUGAAUGUCCCUUCUGCUGAUCUUCUGGGGGAAGAGGAGUUGAGCAGAAUUAAGCCCCUUUAUGAAGUGGGGCCAAGAAACAUUGCGUGGCGCAUUGCUUCAGUGAGGACUGCAGUUUGCGUGCUGCCACAUGGUGAAGGUUGCUGCAGUGCAAAGUGGGGUUCUGCAUACUUAGGGCACCCUGGCACUUUGUGAAGUUUCAAACUUGAACAUCUCAGUCACUUCAGAUGAUUAUUGUUUUAAAAUGCACUGCAGCCAGCCUCCCAUAAUAGGAAUCAAACUGAGCUCUGUUUUGGCCUCUAAAUCUGCCUGAGCAUGGCCAAAUAAAGGUAUCUUCGCCUUCAGAAGUAAUGUGGUCUGUUUGCCUUCCAGCAAAACCAGUCUGGAUGAAUUCACACCAUUCCAUGCAAGCAAAAUCAUUUUGAGUCAAACUUGGAUAAGAAAAGCACCGAGGAAUCCAUAACUGCAGGGACUGUUUGUCCUAUCACACCGAGGAGAUGUCCUGUGUUCUGUGACUAGUCUUCAGUCAUUUGCAAUUAGCUACAACUGUUAGAAUCACAUUAGCAAAUGACUUCAAGCAUCUAGUGCCAAGACAAAUAGACUCCUCUAAGACAAUUAUGAAGAGUAUUUUACAGGUUUGCCAGUUGUCUCAAAGACUGCAAAACUGGCGUUUCUUCUUAUUAAUCGUUGCCUUUUUAACUGAAUGUUCAGUGAAUGCAAUGUGGUUUGUUUGGUUUUGUUUUGUUUUUUCUUUAAGCUUGUAUUUGCACUAUUUCUCAUUCAGGCUCCAAAGUAACAGCCAGCGAGCAUUUGAACCAAAAAACGUAAGCCAAAGAGGUCCUGAACAGGCAAGCUGCUCUGCUAGCACCUGGCAGGGAGGGGAGCAGCUGGAGCACAAUAGGGCAUCUCCCCAGGACUCAGAGAGUCAGUGCUGAACUAAACUAUGCAAAAUGAUAGCUCGUCUUCUGCUGUAGGGUCCGAGCCCAACUCUUGCCCUCGUCUUUGUAAGGGAAAGGCUAAGUACCUGCUGGGCUGCGGUGGGAGCUGAGCCGCACCAUGCAUACGCAGACCCUGCUGCCACCUCGCAGGGUGGGGAUGGGGCUGCGAUGGGCACUGUCCAUCUAACAGCACAGAGAACUUGCCCUGUUCAGAUGUGCUUUGGGCAUCCCAGCGUAAGCGAGGGCUGUCCAAGAGUGAGCCCGGAGGCUGGCUGAUUGAGCCACAGUUGGAAUCCUGAGCUCAGUCCUGCUGAAGCUGAGGUUUGUGAUAUAGAACAUGAGAAGCAGGGAACAUGGCUUCAGACAGAAAACACUGUGCCAUUUGCUAGCACUUUGAUACAGAGACAGUGGAUAGGAUAGAUUUUUAUACUGAUUUAUUUUAAAAUUACCCAAGCAGCUCUUUAUUUUCAUGUUAAAAAUGGUUAACAGGAUACAGUUUAUUUUGUUUACAAAAAAAAAAGGGAAGUGUGUCUUAAACUGGGAAUCCUAAAAUGCGUCAGAGUUUCCCUACGGGAAUCUAGCUUUAAUCCAAAUUUGGCUUUUAAGGAGAUUCCACAGGUUAAAUCAUGCUCUGCCAAUCCCACCUGUUGCAUACCUUGCCUUAAGUCUCAGAAAUAACAUUGAGAUCUCCUAUAAGCUAGCUUUAAAUCACGUGCUCUGGAUAUGACCUGGUGGUGUUGAAUACCUAUUGUAGCCCCAAAAUCUAAACCGGUCCUAGUGGCCAUAAACUUAUGGAGAGGCAGUAAUGCUCUGCAGGAAGAGGAAUCUCUUACUACAAAGAAAUAUUUUUGGAUGUUGUUAAUGAAUGUUGUUUAUUAUAUUUAAGAAGAAUGUAACUAAUAUAUUUAUAUAUAAAUAUAUAUUGCAUAUGCUGUUUCCAUUUUAUCAUUUGAUUAAGAAUCCUUUCCUAUUGCUACUUUUGUUGCUAGAUUCAUCUCUUUCCCUGUUAAAACUAAUAAAUCUGC